AUGUUCUACAACAACGCUCGCGAAGGAACCUACAAUGGCCGAAAAGUAGCAAAAUCUCACGCUACGCCGCUACCUGCAAACGUUGACGGGCAUGCUGAGCUGUACGCACACACCAUUUUAAGGGUGGGGGACGUAUGUGCAGUCACGUGCUCGAUACAAGGCAAAGCGUCGAAGUCAAAAGGCCACGGGUAG